AUGGCGUGCGCCAGCCUGCACUCUCCUCUCCGACAGCUAGUUCGCGAUGCUGGGCGGGCUCGAGAAAUCCCUUCCUUCCUCCUCCCGGCUGUCUCACAGCGGUGGCUUUCUCGACAAAAUGCGACACUGGCAGCCUCAGCCAGACAGUCACGGAUUGGUCGCACACCCAUUACGGUCCCUCCCGAAGUAACGUUAAGAUUCUACGAUCUGCCGAGAGGAAACACUAGGAGCAGGAAGCCAGAUACACCUUCUACGGCGCUUGAGGUGACGGGGCCUUUGGGACAACUGACCGUCCCCAUCCCGCCAUACCUCAAGACUGAGCACGACGAGGUUUCGAAGAAGAUCAAUGUCAAUGUCAACGAUGCGUCAGAGGCACACCAGCGGGCUAUGUGGGGGACGAUGCGCGCUCUCAUACAAAACACUAUCUCAGGCGUUUCUGAAGGGCAUCUUUGCAUUCUGCGACUAGUCGGGGUUGGAUAUCGUGCCACCAUUGAAGAAACAGCACUUACAAAAACGCCAGAGUAUCCGGGUCAGAAAUUCGUGAAUUUGAAGCUGGGUUAUGCACACCCUGUCGAGAUGCCAGUGCCUCUAGGAGUCAAGGCGAGUGUGCCGCAGCCAACAAGAAUAUUGCUAGAGGGUUGCGACAAGCAGGUCGUCAAGCAAUUCGCAGCUGAGAUUCGACAGUGGAGGAAGCCCGAGCCGUACAAGGGCAAGGGCAUCUUUGUCAACGAUGAAACUAUACGGCUCAAGGCGAAGAAGAUCAAAUAA